AUGUUUGACAUAAGUCCUUCGAAUUUGUUAAUCAGUGUAUUGGUUGUUCUUUUUGCUAAACAAUUGAUCAAUGCAAUCGGUAAAGCUACCUUAGAGAAUAUUGGAUGGUCAGCAUACUGUAAGGUUGCCCCUAAGUUAGGGGACUCAAAAUUCAUCGAAUUGGAUCAAAAGAGAAGUGAGUUGGCAAAGGUAUCGAAGGAGAAAAAGUCAAUAAGUGCCCAGGAUCAGUAUGCUAGAUGGACCAAAUUGAACCGUCAGUCUGAUAAGCUUACAGUGGACAUCAAUAAGUUGAAAGAAGAAACAUCCUCAUCUAGAAGCUACAUUAAUAAGUACAUUGGGUAUGCGAUCCUUGUUACCACGACUUUACCUAUUUGGUUCUUUAGAGUGUGGUUCAGAAAAGCCGUAUUAUUUUACUUCCCUACUGGAGUGUUACCAUACCAUGUCGAGUGGUUUUUGGCAUUACCGUUUAUCACCACCGGCGGAGUAGGCUUGACAAUAUGGAUGACUGCCGUCAACAAUGUCAUUUCGUCAGUUAUUUUUUUGAUUAAGUUCCCAUUCGAGAAAGAGGUACCAUAUCCAUCGCAAGAAGUGGAAAAAGAGAAAUCGUCAAUUAAUAGAGAAAAGGUAUCGGGAACGCCAGUUGCAAAGUAA